ACCGUCAGACCGUCGAUGACCCUGGCUAAAUAACAUUUUCUCUUCCCGGUCAGAAAACCUAAAUUCUCUUCUUCUUCUUCUUGUUUGUCAUCGUCGUCUUCUACCUCCCCUUUCUCCCCACCUUAAUUCCAACGGUUUAUAUAAAACCACGUUGCGCCGCCACCUUUCGAUUAAUGAAACUCCAAUGAAUUCCUACUUGCCCACCACACCAAAUAGCUAGCCGAGCACUACCACACCACACUCAUUACACGCCACUACUUGCAUCCAUGCCCUCUCUCCUCCAUAGCUAGCCAGCUAAACCACACCACAAAUUAACUCAAAAAAAGCAAGAUCAUAUCAAGUAGACAAUUAGCAUACAGAGCAAGCUAUAUGUAGAUAGGUAUGGCGGAUCACCAAGAGAUGAUCCAUGCAGCUGCUGCUGCCACGAGCACCGUGAGCCACGGACACGGCGGUGAUUGGUGGAGCAUGGCGGUGCAGCCGCAGCCGCCAGUGCCGUGUUCACCGGACAUGCUAACUGGUUUCAGCGCCGGCUGGUCUGCUGCUGCUGUAGCGGCCGGUCGUGUCGAUGGCAACAGGUCGGGGUCUGGUGCAUCCUCGGAGUCGCCCGGGUCUAACUCACUCGUCACCGGCGGCAGCUCCAUGACUUUCCUAGAACCCGUAAGCGUCGUCGUCGAUCCGGCCUCUGGCGCCGUGGCGCAGCCAGGGACUGGUCUAGCCACCGGCUGGAGCCAGCCUUACUACUUGGGUGGAUCUGGUUAUCAUGGGUACACGAGUUCAAGAAAUGAUCAGGGACACAUCAGCUUGACGAGCCUCUCAUCAAAUAACAGCCGGAUGCUGCAAGACCCCCAUGAACAGAACCAGCAGUUCUUGUCCAGCCUUGGACUGGAGCUGCUCUCGUCGCCGACCUCACCAUCCGGCGGUUUCCGGUCCUCCUCGCUGCUGAGAAGCCUCACGGAGCCGUCCGCAGUGGUGAGACCUUCGCCGGGCUUCCAGCAGACGAACCAAGGGCCUGGAACCAUCAGCGAGGCUCUCCAGUUCCGCAAUAACACGCCGUUUUGGAACCCUUCAACCGGGUUUGCUGCGGGGGCGGAGGGGGCAGCAAGCUUAGGGGCUGCCGGACCACAAACUGGGCAGGCAAGUGUUGCAGCAAAGAGUGCGUUAGGAGCCAGAGACUCUAGCUCCAUCGCGAAGAAGGCGAACACCGAUCCUACGCCGCUCAAGAAAGCGAAAACGGGGACACCAUCACCAUUGCCUACCUUCAAGGUGAGGAAAGAGAAGCUAGGGGACAGAAUCACAGCACUUCAACAACUAGUCUCCCCUUUUGGAAAGACGGAUACGGCAUCGGUGCUUCAUGAGACCAUCGACUACAUCAAGUUCCUCCACGAACAAGUUGGUUCACUCAGUGCUCCUUACCUAAAGAACAGGCAGCAAGUGCCCCAUUUGAAGGUCUCGAGGGACGGCGGCGAGGCGGCAGCAGCGAAGGGAGACCUCACCGGCCGAGGGCUGUGCUUAGUCCCGAUAUCGAGCACCUUCGCCGUGGCCAGCGAGACGCCUGUCGAUUUCUGGACACCAUUUGGUGGUCUCUUCCGGUAGCAGACAUUAUCCAGGAGCUUCUGCUGAUAAUAGAACUCAGAAGUGAUAGCUAGCAGUAUAAUCCCUCCAUUCUCAAAUAGAUACCGUUUAAAAAUAUUUGUAGUUAAAUUUCACAAAAAAUUGACCACUACAAAACAAGUAUCGGAGGCCGUAUCGAUCUCCAAAAUGCCAAGGAAAAUAAAAAAGAACGGAGGGAGUAUAUCCUAACUCAGAACUACUAGCUAGUGAGCAUAUAUAGCACUCUAUAACUGAAUUAUGCAUGUAUAGGUGAAUCUUUGGAAUGAUUUCUUCAAGUCUUGGAUUCAUUCUUCAGGUUCAUAGGAGAAUAAGGUAUCAGGUAUAACUAACUAGGCAAGCAAAUAACUGUAACUGAUCAUAAAUUGCCUUGUUGUAAUAAUCAGGUGGCACACAAACUGUUGCAUAAUCUGGACCAAUUUGUCAAUAAGUUAAUACUUCAAUUUUA